CCUGAUCAGAAAGGUCUUUUCCCAAAGAUAUUGGAGAGAUUGGGGAGAAUGCGAAAUGAAAUAAAAGCCCAGCUAAAGCCCAUUGGAAAGAAACAGGAAUAUAUGGGAAAGGUCAAAAGUAGAAUGGAUGCCAGCGGAUCUAUCUCAAUAGCGGACGCAAUCAAAGAUGUUUUGUCCUCGACGAAGAAUAUGAAGAAGCGUGCUGAGAUGGUUAAAAUCUUAGAUCCUUUUAUUGAUUUAUCGUAUGAUAAUUUUAUAAAAGAAUACAGUUCUGUCUGCUUUGCCUAUGAUUCUUUAAAUUCUAAGCAGAAAGCCAUUAAAUUGUAUAUGAAUUCAUUCUAUGGUGUGACGGGUAGAAGUGGCUCCCCAUUCUACAUACUCGAACUUGCUGGAGGUGUUACUUCGGCUGGGCAAGAAAAUAUCAAACGUGUUGCAGAGUACGUUAGAAAGAAAGGCUUUGGGAUAAAAUAUGGUGAUACCGAUUCCUUAUAUCUCACUUGUCCAGAUUCCUGUUAUGAGAAAUACGAUCUGGCUUAUAAUGAUGGGAAGGGAGAAAUCUCUAAACUAGAGUAUUGGACCGAGAUGGUCAAGACUACUAUGGGU